AUGGGGCAGGCGCAAUCCCACGUUGCGAAGUCGACUCGCUUUUUGCAUCGCCGCAAGCCCGAAACUGCAAGUCGCGAGCAGUCUCAAGAGAACUCGAUGCAAAGCUCGUCCCCACCCCCCGAAGCCGAUGGGUCCUCUGCUCAGAUCGAUCAUCCAUCCCCCCAUGCUGCCCAGUCAUCCACCACGGCAAACAUCGCCCCAACCCCUGACUCUCCCCAGGCUGACAGCCACGGCGAAAGCAUGACUGGCACUCCCGAUGAAGACGGCGACGAUGUCGAAAAACAAACAUCUCAUGCACCUGAUGGACCAAUCGUCAAGAAGCCCACUCAACAAGAUGUUGACAAACCCACCACCAGUCGGCCCGCAAUAAAGCGCGAGUACACACCUCCUCACCGAGUUCGUAUCGAAACCUAUACAGCUUGGCGGACCGAAAACAUCUUCGGAAAUCUCCAUGUUCAUAUCAGAGAGCAACAGAUGGAGUCCACGCGAGGGGGUGCGGCCGCCCAGCUAGAGAAUUUCAUCUACCAGGCCGCAGACCGCUGUACCAUGGCCCUCGAGUACCUCGUCAGCCACUUCAGCACCAGAUUCUUUGACCACGCGGGCCCAGAAAACCUCGUCAGCAUGAUGACCAUGAUCGAGACCGACGCCUGCGCCCUCGACGACCUGCUCCCCAGGCAGCUCAACUUCUCCAACCACGGCUAUGCCAUUGAGAUGAAGCUCAUCCAGAUGCAGAGCCAUAUAGAAGACCUGGCCGAGGUGGCGAAGAGGAUCAGGGAGGACGGUGUUCGCGUGGAAGAGGAUGAGGAGGCGGAUGCGGAUCGAGACACAGAUCCAGAUGCGAAGGGCGAGAAGGAUCACGGUGAUGACAUGAACUGUUAA